CUGUCUGAGCGAGCCAGCGCCACAGAGCCACAGCCACAGCCAUGGCAGCACUGCCAGCAUUUGCAGGAUCGCUAGAGUUGGCGGGCAGUAGGCCCAAACUUGUUUCGGAUUCGCGCAUGAUUUAGCGGAAGGAAGCGAGCGAGCGAGCAGAGAGCAGCUGAACCCACCCUCGCUUCUCUUUCCAUUCCCGUCAAUUCACUUCGAUUGACUUCAAUUCACUGCUUUUCACUUCACCUCCGUCAGUCAGCUCGAAAGGGCUCGAACUCAUCUACUCCUGCCAAUCUGGGCUUCGAUGCUUAGUUCCUGCCGAGUUCCUCGGUUCCGGGGGUUCCUAUCUUCCAUUCUGUACUUCCAUUGUUGUGGACUCUGCAUGGUUCGGCCUGACGAGCCUGCGAAAGUGCUCGAGACUUGUGUACUUGCUCCUACGCCCUGGCCGCCUGGCGUCGAGCUCCGUCGCCACGUGUGGCUCGAGGACUCGAGCCUGCGCAGUCCAGAAGCUGGUGCUGGAUGCUCCCGUGUCGACUAGACCGGUUCCGCCUCUCGCGUCGUGCUUGCAUCCCGUGCAUAAGCCUCGAGAGCGAUUGGGGCCGGAAGAAUAAUGAUAUGCUCCGCCUGAUGCUCGCGGCGGCAGCGACAGCAGAAGCGAAGACGACGACGGCGACGGAGGCGGAGGAGCAGGAUGAGCUUGUUGGGCGUGGUCUCUCGAGGCAUUAUCGUGAGCGCAGGUGCUAUCCGCGACCUAGGAGGGUUCGAGGAGAGGAGGAGGCAGAGGAGGAGGCCGGAGGCUAGGAGGGCGAGAUCGAUUCGAGCGAUGGGCGAUCGGGGCGGGGCGAUGGAGGAGGACGAGGAGCAGCACCAGCUGCGCGCGGCUCACACGAGAUGGACGCGAGGGCACAAGGGAUCGAGGCUAGCGCCUACGGGGGCGUCGAGCGCGAGCGCGGAGCAGGGCCUGACACCGGAUCUCCUCUUCUCCAGGCUGGAAGGGCUGGAGGAUCAGGAGCUGCCAGCGAGGCCGAAGCCUACGAAGGUGACAGUGGUGGGGGUGGGCAAUGUUGGCAUGGCUUGCGCGCAGACCAUCCUGACCCAGAACCUGGUCGACGAGAUCGCGCUGGUCGACGUGCAGGCCGAAAAGUUGCGCGGCGAGAUGCUAGAUCUGCAGCACGCCGCAGCUUUCCUGCCGCGCGUGAAGAUCGUCGCGGACACGGACUACUCCGUCACGGCGCACUCCGACAUCUGCAUCAUCACGGCGGGCGCUCGGCAGCGCGAGGGCGAGGACCGGAUGUCGCUCGUCGAGAGAAAUUUCGCCCUAUUUAAGAAUAUUAUUCCCGAGCUCGUCAAAUACAGUCCGCACACCAUGCUGCUGGUCAUCACCAACCCGGUGGACAUUCUCUCGUGGGUUUCCUGGAAGCUCUCGGGCUUGCCUCCCAACCGAGUCAUCGGCUCGGGGACCAAUCUCGACACCUCGCGCUUCCGUACUCUGCUCGGAAAUCAUUUCAAUGUGAGUGUGCACAAUGUUCAUGCAACCAUCGUCGGCGAGCACGGUGACAGCUCUGUGCCUCUGUGGUCUGGGGUCACUGUGGGAGGCGUCCCAUUGGCGGCCUUCGCGAAAGAACACGGGAUUGCGACCGAUCCUGAAGUGUUCACCAAAGCUCAUAAAUACGUGGUGGAUGGGGCCUACGAGGUGAUAAAGCUCAAGGGUUACACAUCCUGGGCCAUAGGCUACUCUGCCGCGGCUCUGGUCUCCAGCGUGCUGCGCAACCAGAGGCGCGUGCACCCGGUGUCUGUGCUCGCGCAGGGCUUCCACGGCAUCGACAUGGAGGUCUUCCUCAGCCUGCCCAGCAUGCUCGGCCGCAGCGGCGUCAUUGCCGUGGCCAAUUCCGUGCUGCUCGAGCACGAGGCCGCGAUGUUGCGGAAAUCUGCCCAGGCCAUCUGGAGCAUUCAAUCCAAAUUGCAGUUUUGAAUCGUCCCCUUUUGGCAGUUUUGAAUCCGAUCCCCCCCUCGGGGUCAAACUCUAGCGCGUAGUAUGAGAAGCUGUGGUAGUGGCAGUGGCAGCAGCAGCAGCAGCAGUGGUAGUAGUAGUAGUAGUAGUAGUGGUGCUAGUGCUAGAUGAACUAGUAUCGCCUCUGGUGGUAGUCCUAGUACAGUAAUGGUUAAGCUUAUCAGCUCAGGCUUGUACAACCGCAUUCUUAACUCUCUCCACCGGCGCUACCUCAACUCCUCGCCCUCCGCCUCCCCCUCGCUCCGUCCCUACUCGGCUCACUUCGCAUGGUGGGCCAGACUCGCCCGGAUACAUGCGUUAAAUGCGUCGACGCGCAAACUGGCAAUUUGGUGAGAUGAAGAUCCGCUGAGCUCGGUGUUUCGACCAGUACUGGCUGCUGCGAACUUUGUAGCCUGGCCGUAGCUCAAUGUUGAGGUCUAAGAUGCCAAAUCUGUAGCUGCACUCUCGAGUGACCGGGUGCUGCAGCUCCCAACAACACUCGAUUGCCCAACACCAUGGCUCAUGGGCUCGCUGGGCGAUCGUAGCCUGCCUGCCCCUCUGCCUGGGCUCUGCCUGCGUCCCGCCCCUCGCUUCCUCGGUACAUGGAUGGAUGAGAGCUAGAGCAUGCGGGAGUAGACGGAUAUAGUGCUCUGCUUUUGAUGAGAGUUGGAUACGUCAGUGAUGGCGCUGUUGCGAUUCAGUCUCAAUAAAAACCUUUUGGAAUUAAACGUU